AUGGAAGUUUAUACAAAAGCUCCGACCGAUUACAAAAUCGAAAAUGUCAACAUUUCAUCAAGUGAAGGACCAAAAACAGAAAAACACAUAAUUAUUGAUUUGUUAACUGAAAACAACACUAGUAAAAGUAUCAGAAUGUCGGUGUUGCAACUCAACAAUUUAAGACACAAUGUUGCUAAUUUAUUGAAGCAUACCAAUCGCCUUAAGACAAAACUUCAACAGAAUUAA